AUGCAGGCCGACGAAGCGGAGGAGGUCGGGUCUGAUUGCUCAGAGGAUGAAUUCAAGGACACAGGAGUGCAGGGGCGCCUGUCUGCCCUGCUGCCACGGAAGCUGUUUGGUGAAAGCGACGAAGCGGUCAGGAAAGGGCUGCUGCAGGUGUUUGUCCGCGUGAAGCCCGUGACCCGCAAGCUGGAGCGGUGCAUGACAAUCGAGAAGGAGGGCCAACUGGUCAAGGCCGUCUGUUGGGUGCAGCUGCUGCUGCUGCUGCUGCUGCUGCUGCUGCUGCUGCUGCUGCUGCUGCUGCUGCCGCCGCCUCCGCCGCCGCCGCCGCCACUGCUUCUGCUGCUGCAGCUCCGGAAGAACAAGGAGGCGCUCUACAAGUUCUCCCGAGUCUUCCAGGAGGACACCCCCCAGCAGGCGAUGUACGCAGGGGUGGCAGAGGCCAUGGUAUCAGACCUCCUGGGGGCGCGGCAGCCGGAGGGCGUCAUCAUGGCAUACGGCGUCACCUCGGCCGGCAAGACGUUCACCAUGCAGGCGAGCCGGCACAGCGGCGAUGCGGGCGGCGGCGGCGUGGCGGUGGCGAGAGUGGUGGUGUCGGCAUACGAGAUCUACAAUGAGGUGGUCCAUGACUUGCUGGCGCUCGCACAAGCGCCCGCCGGCGCCGCGGGCGCAGCUGCGGCGGCGGCGCGCCCGGCCCUGAAGCUUAAGGAGGUCCGCGGCCGCCACAUCGCAGUGCAGGGCGCGAUUGAGGCUGAGGUGCGCAGCGCCAAGGAGGCCCUGGACCUGCUGCGCCGCGCCGGCCGCGCCCGCCAGUCCGCUGGCACGCGCAUCAACGAGCACUCCAGCCGCAGCCACGCCGUGUUCACGGUGAAGCUGCUGCGGGGCGCCGCGGCGGCGGUGGCUGUCGGCGAGCGAGAAGACGAGGCGGGCGGCGGCGGCAGCUGCGGGGAGGCGCUGGCCGAGGCCGGGGUUGGUGCCAGCGGGGCGCACGGUGGGCAGCUUCAGGCCAGCUACCUCCAUUUCGUGGACCUGGCGGGCUGCGAGAGGGUGGCAAGGACGGGCAACUCUGGGGCGCGGCUAAGGGAGAGUGUGGCCAUCAACUCGUCUCUCAUGACGCUGGCGCGCUGCCUGGAGGUGCUGCGCUACAACCAAAUGCACCCGGCAGACCAGAAGGUCAUCCCUUACAGGGAGAGCAAGAUCACGCACAUGUUCAAGGCCAUCCUGACAGGCCACGGCCGCUUUGUGCUGCUGGUCAACGUGUCACCUGCGGCAGAGGAGUUCAACGAGACCAAGCGGGUGCUGGAGUACGCCGCCCUGGCCUCCAAGAUCAAGAUGACCUCAAACCUGGCGGCCCAGCACGACGCCGCGCACGCGGCCGUCGCCGCUGUGUCAGCCGAGGCGGCCGAGGAGCAUGCUGCCCUUGCUGCCCAGGUGGCGGCCCUCAAGGCGCGCCUGGUCGCGUCGGAGGCCCGUGUGGAGGAGCUCCUUGACGAAAAGGCUGAUCUGGAGUAUGAUCUGGACGUCAUGGACCGCAAGGUGGAGCUGCUGCGGGAGGAGCUCGUGCGCGCGGAGGUGGAGAAGGAGGGGGUUGAGGCGGAGGUCAGGGCAGAGGUCAUGGCUGACGUGGCGCAGCUCGUGAAGGACGCGUGCGCGAAAGCCAGGGACGAGGCGGCGCGUGCGAAGGAUGAUGCCGCGCGCGCCAGGGAGGAGGCGGACGGCUCGCGCGAGGACGCGGCGCAGGCGGCGGCCGAGGCUGGGGCCGCGCAGGAUGCCGCGCGCAGGGCAGAGAGGGAGGUGGCAGCGCUCCAGACGGAGGUCACCCACCUGAGGCGGCAGCUGGAGGCACAGCAGCAAGCCAGUGAAGUACAGCAGCAGGCAGAUCUGAACGAGCGGCUGCAGGCAGAGGUGGCCGACGCGCGUGCAGAUGUACUGGCCAAGGCUGAGCAAGCGCGCAGCAAGGACCUCAUGCUUCCUGCAGGGCACCUCAAAUCUGUCAUAGUGGUAAUGACGAAGCUCAUCGCAUAA